CUGUGCCUGACAUUAAUAGCUUUAUUGAGGUAUAAUUGACAUACGAUAAACUGCGCAUAUCAGAAGUAUACAAUUUGAUAAAUUUUAACUUGUAAGUACAUCAGUAACACCAUCACCACAAUCAAGGUAGCAAAGAAAGGAAGUUGAAAUUAAAGCAAGGGAGGCAGAUAACAUUUGAAAAUGUGUGUAAUCAACCAUAUUACAAGGCCAGAAAUGAAAAGCCUUAUAAUCAUCCCAGUACAUGCAGGAAAAGCAUGUGACAAAAUCAGACGUCUAUUCCUGAUAAAACCUCUCAGCAAACUAGGAGUAGAAGAGGCAUUUCUUCACUGUCCUUUUCCGCUGUAUAGAUGUGCAGAUUUGCCUCAUCCUAAAGUGUCCUGUGUCACAGUGGAGCAGGGAGGCAGGUGUGUGCUGGCUGCAUGGGGUAGCAGGUUAGGUUAGUAACGAAUCUGUGGCCAGCUGGCACCCUGGCUUCUUGGAUGGGAAAGUGGCUUAAUACCUGUUGGGGGUGGAGGGGGCGUAUCUGUGGUCUCAGGCGAGACCAUGGUGUGGCGAGACCAUGGUGUGGCAAGACCCCAGUGCCCUGCAGGGUGCUGGCACCAUGCCCAGUGGGUGCUGCCUGCCUGCCUCUUUCCAGUAGCAUUAGUGCUCACUUCUUCCUGGGGACACUCAUCUGCUGAGUACUCCUGCCGGGGAAGCUUCAGAGUGCCCUUGUCCUCCUCAGACCCAUCCAGGGCAGGAGAGUGCAGACACGUUUCUCAGUGAGCAGUGAAGUGCAGUGCACAUUGCAUCACUGUGUGUUGUAGAGGUGGCCAGGGCUUGUGUUGAAGCUGUUUUCAGACCUUGUUCUGUGGGGCUCUCAGAGGGUCUGGGCCGUGGGGAAUGAGGGGCUGCUUUGCCAACACCUCCCCCUCCUCCACAACCCUGACAGCUUCACCAUCUGUUCUGUAGAAUGAGGUGGCCUCUAAGAUCAUGGAAUUCACACGCAGUAGGUUAUUUUUAACAACCUUUAUAAAUAUAGUCUAGAAAAUAUACAUCUAGAAAAGUGUACAAGUCCCAAGUUUUACAGCUGAAUGAACAUUUAUGAACACAUCUGAGAACCCCAGUCCACCCAGGUUAAGGAACAGAGCCUUUCCCCUGAAGCCAUCUUCAACGUCCUCUCCUAGUCACUCUCUGCCUGCCACUACCCUGACUGCUCUCACCAUCUAGAAGUCUUGCCUGCUUUUGACCUUUUAAUCCAGGACAAAAAAAAAAAAUGUGUUUUUUUGUGUUUGGCUCUUUGACUCGACAUUGUUUUGAGAUUUGUCUUUGAGGUUAUGUGUACAGCAGUUUGUUCAUCCGACAUUGAAUGGACAGACCAUGAUUUAUUUAUUCGGUGUUCUGUUGGUGGCCGCGUGGGCUGUUUUCAGUUGGGGCUGUUCUGAUACAGCUGCUCUGAGUGCAUUUCUGUUGGUGCUGCUUGGAGUGGAAUUGCUGGAUCAUAGCGUGAGUGUCCAUCCUUAAAUGGUGGUUACCAUGGGAUCCACAGAGUCACCAGACUCUUCCUUGGGUGACAGUGUCCUUGGUUCUCUCCACGGUGGCCCUCGUUGCAGGAAUGCCCAAUGAGAAGGCCCCUGUGCCCACUCCUGUCCCUCCAGCUCCACACAGAGCCCAGGAGCUGUGGGGGAAGGGGUGGCCCUGGACCUGAGCCAAGUGUAGUCCUCCCCUGGGGUUUCCUGGCAGCCUGGGUGAGAGCCUCAGUGGUGGCAUUUUAUCUGUUGCUUCUGUUCUUGACCUUGGCUGUCUCUGUCUACUCCUCCGGGUCAGUACGCAGGGAUCCUAACGCCCCCUCCCAGCAUCCAGCGGGCCCAGAGUUUGGUAGAGCACCUGUGUGCUGUCGGUGCUCAGAGAGCAUUUGAUGACUUGUCUCGGGGAAUUCUAGAAGGUCGCUAGUUCUCAGGAUCUUACAGCAGCCCAAUUGGACAGGCAGGCAGGGGGCUGCUCUCCUUCGGCUUCCUCUCUCAAUGGGCCUCUGAGGCUGCCUCCAGGCACCGUGCUGGGCACUGCCCUGCCUGAAUGGAUCUUACAGACCACAGAGCAGCCCAGCAGAAAGUGCAGUGUGCGGGUCCUCAUGGCCUGGCCCCUGGGGGCGUGGUCUCCAGCACACCAUUCAUGCUCUACAGACACCAUCUUGUGGUUUUCUCAUGCUCUCAGAGGAGGAACUGGGCUCCAGUCAGUGAUAGGUCUUGCUUGCGUCAGCACUGGAGGCCAGGUGCGGUCCCCUGCUACAGCUAUGCGCGGCUCCACCAUUAGGUCCUUGUCUGCCCAGCCUCAGCUAGGAUCUUCCAGGCGGCGGCACAGGGUGUGCUGUUGUGUGCAUCUCUGUGCUUGGCAGUCUCUUGAAGGUUGUUCCCUGUUGAUUCCUGAAAAGCUGGCUCGUUCUUAUUUGGGCUCUGUCUUUGGCGGAACAUAUAUGGGCCGAGCACUGUGUGUGUGUUUCCCCCGAGGAUGUUGGGUCAUUUCCAGUCUUCUGCAGCUGGCAUUCUUAUCGGCUGCUCCUAGAAGAGAGAGGCCGAGAGGGAGAAGCCCCCACCCAGCGUGCUAUCACCAGGACUCCGCUUGGCUUCCCACUGCUCCAGUUCUAUCCGCGUAGCAACGAGUCAAUUAACAGAUGAGCUUUGAGAGCUCUUGUGCCUUCACAAAGGGCCAAAUGGCAGUAAGAAUCAUCCGGAACAUGGUGGCGGUGCUGGAAGUCAUCUCCAGCCUGGAGAAAUACCCUAUUACCAAAGAGGCACUUGAGGAAACACGACUUGGGAAGCUCAUCAACGACGUCCGCAAGAAAACCAAGAACGAGGAGCUCGCCAAGCGGGCCAAGAAGCUGCUGCGGAGCUGGCAGAAGCUCAUCGAGCCGGCGCACCAGCAUGAGGCGGCGCUGCGGGGGCUGGCGGGGGCCACCGGCUCUGCCAACGGGGGCGCACACAACUGCCGGCCGGAGGUGGGGGCGGCUGGCCCACCCAGGAGCAUCCAUGACCUGAAGAGCCGCAAUGACCUCCAGAGGCUGCCCGGGCAGCGGCUGGACAGGCUGGGCAGCCGCAAGCGCCGGGGUGACCAGCGUGACCUCGGCCACCCAGGGCCGCCACCCAAGGUCUCCAAAGCUAGCCACGACCCCCUGGUCCCCAACUCAUCCCCCCUCCCCACCAACGGGAUCAGUGGGAGUCCAGAGAGCUUCGCCAGCUCCCUGGAUGGCAGUGGGCAUGCAGGCCCAGAGGGCAGCCGCCUGGAGCGUGACGAGAAUGACAAGCACAGUGGCAAGAUCCCCGUCAACGCCGUGCGACCGCACACCAGCUCCCCGGGCCUGGGCAAGCCCCCUGGACCCUGCUUGCAGCCAAAGGCUUCGGUGCUGCAACAGCUGGACAGGGUGGACGAGACUCCGGGGCCUCCCCAUCCCAAGGGACCCCCUCGCUGCUCUUUCAGUCCUCGGAACUCACGGCACGAGGGCUCCUUUGCCCGGCAGCAGAGCUUGUAUGCACCCAAGGGCUCCGUGCCCAGCCCCUCACCGCGGCCCCAGGCACUCGAUGCCACACAGGUGCCGUCACCACUUCCACUGGCACAGCCGUCCACACCCCCCGUACGGCGGCUCGAGCUGCUGCCCAGUGCAGAAAGCCCAGUGCGCUGGCUUGAGCAGCCUGAGAGCCACCAGCGGCUGGCGGGGCCGGGCUGCAAGGCAGGGCUGUCCCCAGCCGAGCCCCUCCUGUCCCGGGCAGGCUUUUCCCCAGACUCCUCCAAGGCGGACAGUGAUGCUGCCUCCUCAGGGGGCUCGGACAGUAAAAAGAAGAAGAGGUACCGGCCUCGAGACUACACGGUUAACUUGGACGGGCAGGUGGCUGAGGCGGGCGUCAAGCCCGUCCGGUUAAAAGAGCGGAAGCUCACCUUUGACCCCAUGACGAGACAGAUCAAACCUCUGACCCAGAAAGAGCCAGUGCGGGCAGACAGCCCUGUGCACAUGGAGCAGCAGUCCAGGACAGAGCUGGACAAGCAGGAGGCCAAGGCCAGCCUCCAGAGCCCCUUUGAACAGACGAACUGGAAGGAGCUGUCACGCAACGAGAUCAUCCAGUCCUACCUGAGCCGGCAGAGCAGCCUGCUCUCAUCAUCGGGCGCGCAGACCCCGGGGGCUCACCACUUCAUGUCUGAGUACCUGAAGCAGGAGGAGAGCACCCGGCAAGGGGCCAGGCAGCUGCACGUGCUGGUGCCUCAAAGCCCGCCCACGGACCUCCCCGGUCUGACCCGGGAGGUCACACAGGACGAUCUCGACAGAAUCCAGGCCAGCCAGUGGCCGGGGGUGAACGGGUGUCAGGACACACAGGGUAACUGGUAUGACUGGACGCAGUGCAUAUCACUCGAUCCGCACGGCGACGAUGGGCGCUUGAACAUUCUGCCUUAUGUCUGCUUGGACUGACCGGCCUGUCAGCCACGAAGUGCAUUCCCAUCUUGCAGAAGCCGGGUGGGCGGGCAGGCAGGUGGGCAGGUGGCCGGGGCCCAGCUGCCUCCUGCGCUGGGAACUCGGGGAGUCCGGCCCAGGCGGGAGGGAGGGGGCGGGAGUCACGCGGUCUCUCUGCGCUCUUCCCUCAAAACUCUUUUUGUGAAAUGCUGCUACCAGUUUACUAACAAAAUUGCGAAGGAAGGACCGCGUGGAAGGAAGGACGGCAAAGUGAGUUCAGAACUCUAUAGCAAACCAGCUAUAAAAAGCGUUAGUCCCUCACCCCCAAAGAGGUGCGGACACUUUCCAGCACCUGAAAGCUGGGGCCUCAGUUGCAGGCAGGCACAGAAAACCUGUGGCAGAGGUCACGUUUAACACAGCAACAGAAGCACGCAUCUCAUCUCUCUUGCAUUUUCUGUUCUUUAAUUUGGCCCUGAGUGUCUGAGACAGUGGGCCAUGCCACUGCCUCUGUUUGCUCCCUACCCAGCCACUGUCAGGCCAGUGUUGUCCGUCAUGUGCCAGAAGCUUCUCAGCUGUGGUGAGCCAUUGGCAUUGGGCAGGCGGGCCAGCUGGCCAGCCAGUGUGACCCACACUCCAUGGGCAGCCACCCGUUUAUAUCUGGUUUCAGUUAUAACCCAGUUUUUAAAAAAAAUGCUGCAAAAAUUUAAGUUUUCUCAUGUUUAUUUUAACAAUUCCUCUUCCAUCAGACCACCAGACAAAAAAACCUUUCCUUUCUUCCUCCCUUUUCUUUUUUCCCCUCCUGUACACAUCUAGAAAACUUCACCUUUCUAGAGUCCCCCCAAAACAACACAAAAGUUACUGUGGGUGCUACUGGUUUUACGCUGUACUGUGGGGCGAGGGGGAAGACCUGUCUGUACGCUGGAAACACUCAUAACCAUUCCUUUAGAUUCGUUUGCCUUAUGGUUAUUUGUCAUAAACGCGAUUUGCAAAAACAAGGAGCCUUAGUGAAUGUACAGUACCUAGACUUCUGUGUUCUCAGGACGCAGAAGGGAGCAACUUUGCUAUUUGGUCCAGUAAGUGGACACCUUGUGAUAUAAAUGUGGAAAUAAAAAAAAAAAAAACCAUUUGCACAAA